AUGCCUGAAGACUUCUGGUUCCCAGUAGAGUGCCUGGGGGUAAAAGUGAGUCCACCAAAUACAAGCUUGUUUGGGGGAGUAUCUUCUGUGGAAAUAGAAGCAUAUCCUCUUCCUCUGACGAUCAAGUUUCCUGCAACCCAGUCCUUGUCAGUUUUCACCCAAAGAGGAAUGGUGGCGUUUGAGGAUGUGGCCGUGGCCUUCUCCUGGGAAGAGUGGCAGCACCUGGAUGAAGGGCAGAGGAGCCUCUACAGGGACGUGAUGCUGGAAACCUACAGUCACCUGGAGUCACUGGGACAUACAGCCAUCAAACCUGAAGUAAUCAUCAGGUUGGAACAAAGAGCAGAUCCAUGGAUGGUAUAUUCCCCAAUGCAGAGCCUCACAGAUAUUCAGCCUGUUCAUGGCUUGAUUGAACAUAACCAGAAAAGUCAAGAUAAAUGGUUUUGGCAAGCUGGAAUUACCCAGAGGAAAGAAACAGCAAAUGAGAGAAGUGAUUGGAAUUCUAUACAUAUUUCUAAAUUGGUGAUAAAUAAUGGAAACGAUCGUAUCAUGAUGCCUGAGAAGUAUGAUGUAUUUAAGAACAAUUUUCUGACUGUUGACCCCGAUGUGAUCCACCCUCUACAGAAACUUGCAGACCACAGAAUAUUCUAUGAAGUUAGUAAUAUCACUAAACAUUCAGAAAUGCAAGGUGGUGAAAAAUCUCGUGAGUGUCAGACGCCCAGUCAGUUUUCAGUCUUCAAUAUACAUCAGAGAACAAACAUUCUAGACAGAAUAUAUGAAUGUAUCGAGUGUGAAAAAACUUUAUUUGAGUCACAGAGGCUCAUUGAACACCAAAGAAAUCACACAGUGGAGCAAUAUUAUGACUAUAAAGAGUGGAUGAAGACAUUGUCCUGGAAGUCAGACUUCACUCAACAUGAGAGAAAUCACAUCGGAGAAAAACCGUACGAAUGUAAAGAAUGUAGGAAAUAUUUCCCUAAUAAGUCACAGCUCACUCGACAUGGGAGGAUUCACACAGGAGAGAAACCCUAUGGGUGUAAAGAGUGUAAGAAAAGUUUUUCUAGUAAGUCACACCUCACUCAACAUGAGAGAGUCCACACAGGAGAGAAACCCUAUGAAUGUAAGGAAUGUCGGAAAAACUUCUUUAAUAAAUCACACCUUGCUCAACAUGAGAGAAUUCACACAGGAGAGAAACCCUAUGAGUGUAAAGAAUGUAGGAAAGCAUUCAUAUGUAAGUCGGCACUCACUAAACACGAGAGAAUUCACACAGGGGAGAAGCCCUAUGAAUGUAAAGAAUGCAGGAAAAGUUUCUCUGAUAAGUCACAUCUCAAUAGACAUGAGAGGAUACACACGGGAGAGAAACCCUAUGAGUGUAGUGAAUGUCGAAAAAUAUUUUCGUGGAAAGCACACCUCACUCAACAUAAGAGAAUUCACACAGGAGAGAAACCCUACGAAUGUAAAGAAUGUAGAAAAUCUUUCUCAUGCAAGUCAAGCCUCACUAAACAUGAGAGAAUUCACACAGGCGAGAAACCCUACGAAUGUAAAGAAUGUAAAGAAGCUUUCUCAUGUAAGUCAGUCCUUACUCGACAUGAGAGAAUUCACACGGGAGAAAAACCUUACGAAUGUAAAGAAUGUAGGAAACGUUUUUCUAAUAAGUCGCACCUCACUCGACACGAGAGAAUUCACACAGGAGAGAAACCCUACAGAUGGAAAGAAUGCAGGAAAAGAUUCUCAUGUAAAUCUUCCUCACUCCACAUGAGAAUUCACACAGGACAGAAACCCUAUGAGUGAAAAAUUCAAUAAAACAUCCUUACAUAAGUGAAGCUUCACUAAACAUGAGAAAACUAAAACGGGAGAAAAAUCAUGAAUGUAAUGAAACCUAGGUAACAUUCUUUGGGAAGUCAGGAGAGAGUUCACAGAAGAAAGAAACCUAUGAGAGUAACUAAGACUUGCCCUUAAGUAAGUCCUCAAAAUACAUGACAAUUCACAGAGGAGUUUAAAUCAAGAUGGUAAAAACUGACCAUGAUAUCACCAAAAUCAAUUUUUCUCCUGGACAAUGAGCUAUUCUGCAUUGUUUCUCUUUCCUGUAUUUGCAUUACCCUAUAGCUUAGCUAUAACUAUGGAAAAUAGAAAUAUUUGAAUAUUAUUUUCAUGAAUGCCCACCCCCCAAAAAGAUGGCAUAAAUUAUAUGAAUUAUCCCAUUGUUUUAACAUUUUUUGGUUUUAGAAUUUAUGUGAGCCCAUACUUAUCACAUCAGCCACAGGAUGAAGAUGACAGGAACAUGCAACAAGACUGGUUUGAUUAAUUGAGGACAGCAGCUUGCUUAUUAGGUUAAUUUUAAUAUUCUAAUAUAACAGUAAAAAUAGAUAUUUCUGG